CUGCACAUCACCGGCUCCGCUCCUAUCCUCCACUACUCAAGAAAACAGCAUGCAACAGCUACAGCUCCUGGGUCUCCUCACCCUGACCCUCCUGGUGUUAAACCCGAGUCAGUGCAGCCCCAUCGGGGGUCAGUGUUUGGUAGACCAGGGCACUUCCUCAGUCUGUAUCGCCAACCUAAACAGUCUGGAGGAAUACUAUGCUGAAAUUACCAACCAGCCCAACCGACUUAAUGAGCGCAGCCUGGCUGCAUGGACUUACAUGGAAACAAGGGACCUGACCCGUGUGCCUCAGGUCAUCUAUGAAGCCAGGUGCCUUACAAGCCACUCCUGUAACGGGGUGGAGAUCGGUUCCAGUGUGGAGAGCAUUCCCAUUGCAGUCAAAAUGCCUGUUCUUCGGAAGUACCCAGGAUGUCCGUUCCCCACGAUGGAAUUUGAGUCUGUUAACAUCGCAUGUAUAUGUGCAACAACCCGACAGAUCUAAAAAGAUCGCAUGUUACGUUAUAAAUUAUAUUAGGGAUUUUUGUUGCUGUCUAUGCCCACUGCACCAACAAACUAGCUGUUAUUUUACAAAACAUCGUCCAGAAUGCUUGUGUCAUGUU